AUGAGGAUCCGGAAAAGACAGGUGCCCUUCCCUCUCUCAUCUCUCUCUCCGGUGCCUUUAUCAGAUCCCCUCCUCCACAACCUCAACUACUCACCACCACCACCACCACCCAUGGUGCAACUUCACACCCACCAUGAUCCUGCCCCCACCCAACCAAAACUCUCCAACCCAGUUGAGAAAACUGCCCGGGUGGGCCAUCCCCAUCCUCAGCCGUCUGAUCAUCAUCUCAAUCAAGGUCUCUUGCCGAUCGGGCGGGCAGGGAAAGGCUGGGGGUUUUCUGAUGCUGCUGGUGGGGAUAAACACAAGGAGCACAACAAGCAAGAUUGUGGUUUGGAGCUCUUGAUAUUGAAAGGGGAAGAAGAAGAAGAUGAGAGAGAAUCAAGAGAUGGAGAGAAUAAUGAUAUCAGGAAGGAAAGCAUAUUGGGUGCAGAAACGUUGAUGGGUUUUGCUUCAGGAUCAUCAAGUUUUUCUCACCGAGCCGUUGGGAGAUGGUGUGAAGGAGAGAAAGCGUUCCCGUUGAAGAAGCGAAGAGGGAGCUUCGGAAGAGGAGCGAAUAUGGAGGAGAAGGACAGGAAAUCAAUGAAGACCAAGAUGAACAAAAAAUGUGCAACUCAACAGCAAAACGAUGAUGAUCAGAAGCAAGAGGAUGAAGAGGCCAAAGAAGGCCUUGAUCAUGCCAAUAUUAUUGUUCGUAGUAAUUCGAGUGCAACAAAGAAGAGGGCAAGAGGCAGCGGUGCACUCAUGGAGGGGUCGCGGUGCAGUCGAGUUAAUGGAAGAGGAUGGAGGUGUUGCCAGCAAACUCUUGUUGGCUACUCUCUUUGCGAGCAUCACUUGGGCAAGGGAAGGUUGAGGAGCAUGACCAGCGUCAGAAGCCGGUCUAUGGCAACGACAACUACAAGUACUGCGUCCAUUGAGAAGGAGCUCAAGCGGUUAUCAGCAUCUAGAUCUUCUGAGGAGUCGCCAUGGAAAGAAGACACCAAAGCUGCUGUGCUUCUAGAUGAACAUGAUGUUGAUGAAGCUAAAUGUGAUCGUGAUGAAAAUGGAGGUGAAGAGGAAGGGAAGCCAUUGAUGGUUAAAAGGAAGAGGAUGAAGCUUGGGAUUGUUAAAGCGCGAUCCAUGAGCAGCUUGCUUGGCCAAACCAACAGUGCAAUUGCAGCUGUGGCUGAUGAGGAUGAAGAUAAUAAUAACAAGUAA